AUGGCUGAAACCAACCCUACCAAGCGCGCACGCGCGAAUAGCGCUGAUGACUCCAACGUUACGAAGGCACUCGACCUGAAGCAAGUCCAACUGAUGGUGGAAAGUGACCUGGAUCAGAAAGCGAUCAUCAAAAUUUUGACCAAAGCAAUGCACGCCCACCCUGACAUCGCCAAAAUGGUGGUUGAUGAGGUGUGCGCAAUCAAUGAAGCAGCACGCAAUCGUGUUCUCUCUUUCGACCAUUACUCCACAAUAGUAUGGCACCUGAUCAACAAUACUCGCGGAAUUAGUGGAUCCAAACAAUACGAUAUGUCAUUCGAGGUCGUUACCCGCAUUACAUCAAUAAUCGAGAGCAUCGCAGCUCAGUGUGGUCCAGUCACCAAUCCCAAGACACGCUACAAUGGCCUUUCUGUACUGCGAAAGAUCGGGAAAUCAAUUUGUCUUUCAACAAAUAGUGAAUUGGCCCGCCAGGUGAGAAUGAACUUUCAAUGGGACACCAGCUUCAAGAAUGCAAUGUGGCAAAUCGAUGUGGGUAAUUCUGAAGCACUCUGGCCAAAGCUGAAAGAGCUGCUAGACAUCUCGCAGGAUGAAAUGGUACUUGAUCUUAUCGAGGGAAAGCAUCCUAGUGAUUACGACGACGACGAGAGUAAGAGCGAAGACGAGGAGAGUGAAUAA